AUGCUGCCCGAGGAGUUUUUCUCCUGCAUCUGCGGGCCACCACUCACCACCAACACCGCUCUGGCAAAGGACGUUGGCAUCUACGCCCACACCCUGUGGCCGACCUAUGCCGCCAAGUCAAGCUUCAAGAAGAGCUCUGCGCCGAUCAACUGCCUCGCCGUGAGCGACUCUCACGUGUUUGCUGCCCAGCAUGAGAAGGCUUAUGUUCACGUGUACUCGAGGCUGCGAGGCAACCAGGAGGCCUUCGUAGCGUUUCCAGAGAGGAUCCGAUGCUUGACCCUGAUAAAUGACGUGCUCAUUCUCGGGACAGCAGAGGGCAGGAUCAUGCUGUGGGAGUAUUGCACGGGCAGGCUCGUGUCAACUCCGCCAUGCCAUGUCCAGGCCGUGUCCUGCUUGGCUGUGACCCCUUACCACCUGCUCACAGGCUCAGAGGAUUCCAACAUUAGCGUGUGGAAUCUGGCCCAGCUCUUGCAGCUGGAUGCUACGGCUGAGCAUGAGCCGGACCGGAGUCUUUCCAAUCACAGAGGUGCUGUCACCUCUCUCGUUGCUGGCCAGAGCACCAAUGAAGACACCAGCGUAUGCGUUUCUGCCAGCAAAGACAAGACCUGCAUCGUCUGGAACUACCAGACAGGAGCCGUUCUUCGUACUCUGUUGUUUCCUAGCUUCCCUCUAUGUGCUGUGCUAGACCCCGGCACACGUGCUCUCUAUGUUUCAACCGAAGAUAAGUCCAUCUACUCUGUGGAGCUCUUUGCCGAAAAAGCUCUGCUUGGACAGCAAAGUGAAGAGGCCAGCUCAACUGUCGUGCAAGUCACAGCUCCGUUCGGUGUUGCCCCGGCAGAGUCUGGCCCUGCUUCCUGUUUGGCAGUGACCUACGACGGCACUGUUCUCUUGUCCGGUCAUCCACAGGGCCAGAUUCACAUCUGGAACUUAGGCGAUAGCAGUGCAAAUACAAGUACGCGGGAACUUGCAAAUCUUAAUGCUGCUGUCACGAACCUGGUAUUUGUUUCGCCGCUCUCAUCUACUAGCCCAACCAAAGCUUGGACUAUCGUCAAGCCAACACAGGCAGAACGGAGCUAUACUCUCACAACUCACUUCGAAGAAGAUCUCGGAGCUGACACAAAGUUCAAUUCGCUCCUGAACACCCCGGGCUUCUCCCAGGAAGUGUUAGACCGCGCAGCUUUAGCUUUCCAGCAACCAGCAGCCAGCGGCGCCGGUGACCCAGAAAUGCAGCGCCAAAUUGAUGAGUUGUGGCAGAUAAUCAACGAGCAGAAGAUCCUCCAGAAGGAGACGGUGCAGAAGCUAGCUGAGGCCAAGCUUGCCAAAUUGGCUCGUUCGUAG